AUGCAGAGCUUUGGUAGCUGGCAGUUCAAUUUUGGCAGCGCCAGGGACUCCAACCCUCGCACUCGACCGAUUCGCGUGUUGCUCUUGGGCCACCCCGGAGUCGGCAAAACUGCCAUAGCGGUGCGCUUCGCCAGCCGGCGCUUCAUCGGCGAAUACGAGCGUGGCGCGGAGCGGAUGUACCGGGUGGAGGAUCACCUGGCCAGCUGGGAGAUAGUCGACCCACCGGGCGAGCUGACGCGGGCACCCACCGAGUCACGGCUACGCUGGGCGGACGCUGUCGUACUCGUCUACUCGGUGACCGAUCGCGUCAGCUUCGACGAAACCUGGCGACUGCGCUUUCUUCUCAAUCAGGCCCGCAAGUCCAGCAGAAAAGUACCACCACCCGUUGUCGUGCUUUUGGGGAACAAGACCGAUCUCGGGUCUCCACCUGGUGGGGACAGGAUGGUCACGACGGCCGAGGGCAGGAAGCGAGCCGAGGACAUCGAGGCUCAGGACUUUCACGAAGUUUCCGCCCGGGAGUCCUUGGACCAGGUCAUGGCCGUUUUCGCGAGCACGGCAAGACUCGUGCAGCUCAUGCUACCUAGAGCAUCACCAGCUACGCCAACGUCUUCGGCCGAGGACCCUUCAUCGUCAGCAUUUCGACUGCGAGCUUCGACCGACGGCAGUAUCGACGCCAGGAGGCGACCCCAGCACUCCCUGUUCAAGCGCCGUUCGAGCAUAUCGGCCAAAGGCGUGCUGCACUAGACGAUCGCCACGAGACCGCACUCCAGGAGGGUUUCCGGGACGUCGUAUGGCCGGGGUGUGGCCUCGUACAUGCAAAACUCG